GUCCUUCUUUAGUUCGAUUUGAUUUCCUGACAGCCAUCUAGUCGGAUUCACGACGCGUCCAAACGUUCAACAGCAGGAUAAACCCCGACGAAAAUGUCAGCUCCAGGCGCCAUUUCAAAGAAGCUCAAGUUCAAGGGUGAUAAGCCAAAGAAGAAGAAGAGAUCUCAUCACCACUCGUCAGGUGGAGGCGGAGGCGAUGGAGAUGAACUUGAAGCUUUGGCCGCUGCUGACCCAAGAGGAUGGAUGUUCCCAUCGAACCCUAUGGAGAUCAACGGCCCAGCUUACAUUCUACUUCCUACCGAACCGCUCACCUGCCUUGCUUGGGAUGCGACGAGACAGAAAGUAUAUGCCGCGCCUAUCGACAUUCCCCAGGCCCCCGAAGGCGCCAAUGACCUCAGCGAAUCUGAGAUCCUUUUAACAAUUGAGCCGACGGAUGUGAACCAUGUUUGGGUUAUCUCAAGAUUAUCUGGAAGUGAAGAUGUAGUGAGCUUGCGGACAAGUACAGGGACAUUCCUCACCGCGAGUCCAUCAGGCUCUCUAACAGCUACCACCCCUUCUCGAGGACCUCUUGAAGCUUUUAUCCCCAUCACUUCACGUUCCUCCUCCUCCUCCGUUUUUCCCACUUUCGCCCUUCAAAUACAACACAACUCCAAAUACUUUUCGGCAACCACCGUUGCUGGUAAAGCCGAGUUGCGAGCUGAUGCUGACGAUGUUGGCGAGUUUGAAGGUUUGAGAAUUAAGUGUCAAAGAGAGUUUGUGUACAAGGCAAGGCAAGGAGAAGAUGUGAAAGGGAAGAAAAGGAUGGUGGAUAGUGGACCUUCUGCGGCGUCAAUUGAAGACGACGAGAUGAGAAGGAAUCGGGAAGCUCAGACAUGGGGUGCAGGAAGGGUCAAGCUUUCUGACAAAGACAGGCGGGAUGUAAAAAAGGCGAAAAAGGAAGGGCGAUAUGCUGAAGCGAUGUUAGACCGCAGAGCCGCUCUGAAGAGCGACCGAUAUGCAAAGUAACGUAACCAAAUAUUGUAUCUUUAUGCAACCCUAUACAACCUAUGCUUUUCUCCUUCCUUAGAAAGGAGGCUCGCCCUUGACCAAAUCCUUAUGCGUGUACCCUUUGCCACCCUUCUCGUGGUCGGCAAUCACACUCCCAUCCUGCUUCCUACUUCUCAUCAUGUACUUGUAGAUGAUCAGCCCAUCCAGACCCACAGG